ACCUAUUAGCUUGGAAAGUUCAGCAAUUGUAAGCCUUAAAAGUUAUGUAGUACUUGGUGGUAUGUAUGGCCGGCAGGUACAGUGUUAAAGUACAACUUACCUACAUAGACGAGGAUGGGUUUUCUAUAGUAAGAAGUACCCCAAGGUCGAUUUAUUAAGUCUACAGAGUUCGUCGUCCAAGUUUGCCCUUAGGUUUGAAUUUUUCUUCCUCCUCUUCUCUCGUUCAUUUUUCGACGAGAAAAACCACAUUCAUCUAGUCGUUCGCAAAAUCGCAAAUUAAAUGCAAUCGGUCUCGUUUUCGUCGGUUUCGCCUAUCAACUAUUUUAUGCGUGGUGCACUUUAUAAGUGAAGGAAUAGGGCAAUCAAUACCUAUUAUACCGAUCAUCUCAUUCGGCCCAUCGAUUGCAACAUCGAGCCUCAAACUCUCAUCAUGUCUGACAAGCCUGUCUUCUUAGUCACGCACCCACGUGCAUGCUCCACUGCCUUCGAGAGGAUCUUCAUGACUCGUCGGGAUAUUCUUCAAUGUGCCCACGAACCAUUCGGCGACAGCUUCUACUACGGUCCUGAAAGACUUAGUGAGCGAUACGCCAAUGAUGAAGCCGCUAGAGAGAGCAGUGGCUUUUCCAAGACCACCUACCGGGAUGUCCUGAACCGCCUGGAAAGAGAUGGCAGUGAGCUAUCGUCUAAGUGCUUACAUUCCGUCGUUCAGGGCAAGCGUGUUUUCAUCAAGGACAUGGCUUACUACCUGAUGCCACCAAAUGGAGCACCCGCCACAAUCGCCCCGUCUCUGAAAAAGAGCGACGACUACGUCGAGAAGGGAAACCCAACGGUUGUUCCUCUAGAGAUUCUCAAGAAGUUCCACUGGACUUUUCUCAUCCGCCACCCGAGGCGAGGGAUACCUUCGUACUACCGGUGCUGCGUGCCUCCCUUGGACGAAGUCACUGGCUUCAAGGAGUUCAUGCCGAACGAAGCCGGCUACGUAGAACUAUGCCGACUAUUCGACUAUCUGCGAGAGCAGAAAAUGGUCGGACCGUGCAUGGCAGGGCAAUCGAACGGGAAGAGCGAUGGAGAAAUCACCAUCACCGUCAUCGACGCCGAUGACCUGCUCGAUCACCCGGAACCCGUCGCCAAGGCGUUCUGCAGGGAGACCGGGAUCGAAUUCAAGCCCGAGAUGCUCACCUGGGACGAUUACGAAAACCAGCAGUACGUCCAGAAGGCGUUCGAAAAAUGGAACGGCUUCCACAACGACGCCAUUAACAGCAAAAGCCUCACUGCUAGGACCCAAGCUCACAAAACUGUCACCGAUGAAUCUGAGAACGAGGAAUGGCGACAGAAGUAUGGUGAUGAGGCCCAGAAGGUGAUCAGAGCUUGCGUGGAUGAGAACGUUCCACACUAUGAGUAUCUGAAGUCCUUCGCUUUGAAGUUCUAGAUUGUUUGGGGAUUAUUUUAGCCUGCAGUGCCUCAGAGCUUAUGAUACAUAAAUGGUACACCAAAGAACAGCAUUCCCGGAUCUAUGCA